GUGGCGGUGGCGAUGACGAUAAGCCUCCGUUCAAGUCAAAAAUCGACGCAUCUCUCGAUUCUCGCUCAGUUUCGUUUCGGCAAUCACUCGAACCACACAAGGCACAUCACUCGGAAUUGCUAAAACCGCGUAUAGUUAUGGCACGCCAACCACUGAGACUCCUGCUGGGAGUCCUACUGACUGCCAUUGGCCUUGCCAAUGCCGCCGUGCUGAAUUCUGGGACCGCCAACUACACCAUCGACAUCCUGCGCCUGGCCAAGGCGGCGCACAUCAAGGCCUACAUGAGCGAGAACAAGGAGGAGCCCUGCCAGAACUUCUACAACUUUGCCUGUGGCAACUGGCCACGCCUGCACCCGGCCCAAAUCUCUAGGCAGAAGACCAACUACCUGGAGGAACUCCAGGAGCUGUACAUCCGCAAGAGCGCUGAUAUGCUGAAGGGUGCCACGCGUGGACCCGAGAACAGCGCUGAUCGCCAGCUAAAGAACUUUUUUGGCUCGUGCCGGCGGCAGGCGAACGACACGCAAUCCGCAUUAAAGACCCUUUUCGAGGUUGCGGACUUUAGGGGAGGCUGGCCGGAGAUUAGGGUUGGCUCCUGGUACAUACACGAGUACGAGUGGCUGCAGGUGGCGGCCAAUCUUAAGCGCAAGCUGGGCGUGGACAUCUUUAUCGGCCUGGAGGUGGUCCUGGACUACAAGGAGGAAAAGAUGCACCGUCUGAAGAUAGGAGCUCCCAAGUUUCCCAUGCCCCGACGCCACUACUUGGAUGACCACUUCGAAGGCACUCGGGAAUUAUACGAACGUUCCAUUAUGAAUAAGCUGAAGCUUUACUUCCCCGAGCAACCUGAUCGCUGGCUGAAGGAGGUAGCCGAGCAGGUGCUACAUGUCGAACAGCAGCUGGCCAAGGGUCUGCCCCACAAUGCCGCCCUCACGCUGGAGCAAACCACUCGGCAGAGGACGGCCAAUGAAAUGAAGGCCGCCUACGGCAAAUACGUGGAUGUGACUCGCUACCUGCAGGUGAUCUUUAACGACAACCUAUAUAUGGACUUGUACGAGACGCCAGAGGACUAUCUAUCCAACUUGGUGGACGUGAUCCGGACAACGCACAAGCUGCAGCUGGCCAACUACACUAUGUGGAAAGCCCUGGAAGCCCUGGACGGCGCUCGUGUGCCGCAAUCCCAGUCCCCGGAUAUCUGGUGCAUCCAGCUGGCCCAGCGCUACUUCCCCCAGCAGCUGGAGAGCCUGUUCCACCGUAACUACAACCACAUGCAGAUGAUUAACGAGCUGCAGUCCACCUGGUCGGACAUCAAGCGUGUGUUCCGAGAGGACCUGCAGGCCUCCGAAAGGCUGCACUGGCUCUCGCUGGAGACACGGCAGAAGGCAAUCAGCAAGCUGGAGGCCCUGAAGCUGCAGUUCCGCACCCACGACGACAGCCAGCUGAUCCGCCAGGUCCACGGACUCAACCUGCACGCGGAUAGCUUCUACCCGAAUCUGGUGGCAGUGCUCCAGUGGCACACACAGCGCGCCUUGGCCAAGCUGAUGGAGGAACCGGUGACCGAAGACGAGGUUUACAAGCUUCCGCACUACGAGCUGCAAAAAAACCGUAUCCAGGUGCCCAUCACUUUCCUGCAGGCUCGUUUCUUCUGGGAUCCCGCCUAUCCGAAUGCCCUAAAGUACGCCACUCUAGGUGUGCUCCUAGCCCGCCAGAUGCUGCACGGAUUCGAUGGCGUUGGCCGGCGAUAUGAUGCCUAUGGUUACCAAAACAAUUGGUGGGACGGCAUAUCGGAGAGCUCGUACUCGCGGCGCUCGCAGUGCUUCCUAGAGCAGUACGCCAUUUUUGUCCAGUACAAGGAGAAGCCAGUGCAGGACAAGGAACUGCUCCGCCGGGUGGUGGCCGACAAUGGAGCUUUGGAUAUUGCCUAUCGCGCCUACCAACAGUGGCUGAAGAACGCGGCCGAAACCCCGGUUAUAUAUCAGCGAGAGCAGUUGCCGCUCUUGGACCGCAACCACAAUCAGUUAUUCUACCUGGGCUACGCACAGCUGUACUGCUCCGAUUACCCGGACACCGUGGACCGAUUCGAUGAGCUGCCGGAGCAGUUGCGCAUCAACACAGCCCUGUCCAACUCACAGCAGUUCACCAAUGCCUAUGGCUGCACCCGCGAGGACAAUCUGAAUGCCCGCUUUAAGUGCACCCUCUACUGAGAGGAGUCCCGAUGCCCUCCAAACUCCAUACUAUAUGUAUUCUACCAGUCUACCCAAUAAAAGGUUUUCCUGCACUUGUCAUUUA